ACGAGUUCACUUCAUUUCAGUGAAGCCGGGCACGGUAGGGCUCCAAGUCCGGACCCGGAGUUCAUUUGCCUAGGGCGGUGCCUACGGUGUGCCAGCUCCUCUUCCUCUUCCGGCUGACUUACGGCCUCUGGACUUUCCCCUGUUUUCCUUCCUUCUUCCCGGAAGUUUUCCGUCCGCAUUCCUUCCGUUGUCCCUAUGCUCCCGAAACGCCGGCGCGUGUGAGUCAACGCUGCCAUCUCCUCCGCGCUGUCCUCGGGGCGCUUCCCCAGUGUCGCCCUCUACCUGGUGGAUCGGAGGAUCGGCCGCAGCCGCUGGGCCUUCCUCACUCGCUUGGCUCUGUCCAAAGGUUUCCGCGUCCUCCUACAGGUGUGCAGCUCCGAGUUGGUGACCCACAUGGUGAUAGAGCAGACCUCGGCAAAGGCCAUCUGCUGGCAAGAGUGUGCGGCUACUGCUUCUCCAGGUGGCCCCCACCCUGCUCUGCUGGACAUCACCUGGUUCACAGAGAGUAUGGCAUCUGUCACAGAGAGUAUGGCAUCUGGGCAGCCUGUCCCUGGGGAAUUGGGGCACUGCCUUCCUCAGAAGGGGCCCCUGGGUCAGGAGAGGAUACCAUCCUACACCUGUCAGCGUCCCACACCUCUCACACAUCACAACACUCAUCUCUUGGAGGCCCUGGAUAUACUGGCAGAGGCAGCAGGCUUCGAAGGCAGUGAGGGUUGCUGCCUCUCCUUCCAAAGAGCAUCUGCAGUACUCAGGGCCCUGCCCUGUCCUGUCAUAUCCUUGUGGCAGCUGCAGGGGCUGCCCCACUUUGUAGAACAUUCUUCAAGGGUGGUCCAGGAGCUGCUGGAGCAUGGGGCAUGUGAGGAGGUGGAGAGAGUUUGCUGCUCAGAGAGGUACCAGACCAUGAAGCUGUGAAGGUAGCUCUUCACCCAGAUCUUUGGGCUGGGUGUGACGAUUGCCAACCUGUGGUACUUGAAAGGGCUUCAAACCCUAGAUGAGCUCUGAGAGCAUCAUCAGAGACUGACCCAGCAGCAGAAAGCAGGAUUACAGCACCAUCAGGAUCUGAGCACCCCAGCUGGGUGGUCUGAUGCUGAGGCCCUGCAGGAGCUGGUGGGGGCAGCUGUGGGAAAGGUCCUGCCUGGAGCCACUGUCACACUCACUGGUGGCUUCCAGAGGGGGAAGAUGCAGGGUCAUGAUGUGGACUUCCUCAUUACCCACCCUGAGCAAGGCCAGGAGGUGGGGCUGAUGCCCAGAGUGCUGUACCACCUGUAGAGCCAGGGCCUUGUCCUCUACCACCAGCACCAUCCCAGCCAUUUGGGUGACCUCAUGUGCCUGGCCCUGCAGAAACAUACCAUGGAUGCCUUUGAGAGGAGUUUCUGCAUUUUCCUCCUGCCCCAACCACCAGCUGCUGCUGACAGGGGAGCCCUGGGGUCCUGACCCAUCUGGAGAGUUGUGAGGGUAGAUCUGAUGGUUGACCCCAGCAGCCAGUUCCCUUUUGUUCUCCUUGGCUGGACUGGCUCUCAGCUUUUCGUGCAGGAGUUGUGCCACUUUAGCGGGAAGGAGAAAGGUCUAUGUCUGAACAGCCAUGGACUGUUUGACCCAGAGAAGAAGAUGAUUUUCCAUGUGGCUUCUGAGGAAGACAUCUUCUAACACCUGGGCCUAGAGUGCCUUCCCCCUGAGCAGAGAAAUGCCUGAUCUGGUGGUAUCGCCACCCCCACCAGUUAGAAAUGAGGGACUGCUGCCCUACGUCCUUACUUCUGCCAGCAGAGGGCUGGUCACU